UGAGGUGGAGGUGUGAGCAGUGAGCCGUUCGAUGCCUGCUCCUGGAGCUCGAGCGCAGGACUUGAGCUGUGGCUGCUGCCUGCCGUUCUCACGUUUCCUCAAGUCUCUCUACAUUGUACUAGAACUUUCCUGUCACUCCUGAAACACUGUCCACAUUCUAAGCAAUUCCAUGGCAACCGAACGCAGCUUCCCCGAUAGCUUCAUUGACGAAGAUCCACAGAAAGCUCUGGAGGAACUUAAUGAGGCCUUGCAAGGAGACUCUAACAACGCUGACUGGUGUUGCCAGCGUGCCUAUGCCCACAUACUUCUCAAAAACUACAGCUGUGCUGUUGAUGAUGCCAAAAAAGCACAGCAGCUAAAACCCAGCCUUCCCCUUGCUUUCAUGCGAACAGGAAUAGCAGAAUACCACCUUAACCACUAUGAGUCAGCACAUGCAGCUUUCACUCAGGGACACCAACUGGAUGUUUCUGACAAAUCUUUUGAGAUCUGGAUCAAGCGAUGUGAGGAGAUGAUGGGUGAGCAGACACAGAUCGGCAGCGUUGAUGGGACACCAGCUGUUCCACAUGUGAAACAUGACUGGUACCAAACAGAGUCUCAAGUCAUUGUCACAGUCAUGGCAAAAAAUGUACCCAAGGAUGGUGUGUGUGUAGACUUCAUGGAAAAAGAGCUCUCUGCCAAGAUACAGCUGGCCACAGGGGAGAACUAUAACCUCAACCUCCACCUCCUGCAUCCCAUCAUCCCUCAACAGAGCAGCUUCAAGAUCCUCACCACUAAGGUGGAGUUCAAGAUGAAGAAGACAGAUGCCAUGAGAUGGGAGAAGCUGGAGGGAGAAGGACAGGAGUCCAACAUCAAACACUUCAAUCCAAAUCAGUACCCAUCAUCGUCCCUCAAUGCCUGCAAGUGGGACAAGGUGGUGUUGGACAUCCAUGAGGAGGAGAAAAAUGAGAAGCUGGAGGGAGACGCAGCCCUUAACACGCUCUUCCAGCAGAUCUACUGCGAUGGCUCAGACGAGGUCAAGAGAGCCAUGAACAAGUCCUUUAUGGAGUCCGGUGGUACAGUCCUGAGCACCAACUGGAUGGAUGUUGCUAAGAGAAAAGUGGAGAUGAACCCACCAGACGACGUAGAGUUCAAGAAGUACUGAGCACCUCCCUGUCCCUCGCUCCUCUGUUUGACAUCAUCUUUCUUCACAUUUGUCCAUAUAAACUCCUGCGGGGCUCCUUGUUGCCCUGCAGUCUCCGUGGCCGCCCACCUCCUCUUCCCAACCCCUCAGUUGUGCUGCUGCUCUGCUGUUUUCACUAAGUGCAGGGAGCCUCAGUGUUCCCACUUCAACUCGCCCAAACCGCUUAGAGCCCACUCUCUGCAAUAAGAUAACUAUCUACCUGAUGGGGUCAGUUAAUUUGAAUAAUCUGUUGAACAGAUUAAUAUCUGAUUUUUAAAGGCCAAUGAACUCAAAAGGGAAAUCUGAAUUCAAAUGUGACUGACAGACCUGAAAUCCUCCAACUUUCAGAUCAUUCUUCUUUUCUCUCCUUUGCUUCUGCCUUUCUAUUUGGGAGCCUUUUAUGACUUUCUAUUAACAUCACUUGUAUAAAACUUUAAAGUUGUUAAAAUAAGAAGCAGUUGAGAUGUUCAAAUGAUAGCUAUGAUUGCAUGCAAUGCAGUCUUUUUUUCUGUACCCUCAGUAAAAAGUCAACAGCAAUACAAACUGACUUGUCUGGAAUGUGCCACAUUUUAGUCAGUGGCUUCGCACCGGUCGUUCCCUCAGUGUGAUUCAAGCUUCAGUGUAAAUAAAAGAUUUGUUGUUUGGCUCACAAA